AUGCACCAAAGAAAGAUUGAGGAGAGAGCUCUCUUUGAGGUACAGUCCACCAAUGGAAAGCUUGGUCACCCGUCCGCUUGCUUUCUACCAGAACUCGACUGGCUAGCUGGGGAAUGCAAAUUGAUACAUCCUGCUGCAUUUGUGGGCACUCCUGAUUGCUGGGCCGGCACUGCAUACAACAACAAUUUCCACGACGUUGUUGUUCACGACGUCACUGAAGUCACUCACAAUGAUUUCGAGAUGUGUGAAUCGUCUAAACCGCUUAUGAGAUACACAAGUGGAUCCGACUCAAUCAGUCUAACCAAACCAGGACUCCAACAGUUCAUAUGCGGAGUUCCUGGCCACUGCAUGUCGGGACAGAAACUUCAAAUUCACGUUUUACCGGCCUCGUUGGGUCCCGUGGCUGCUCCGGUUCCUAGACCGGUCCGAUCACCGAGCUCUUCCUCGUCUCCUUCACCAGCCAACGCUCCACAGUAUCAGCAUCAGAUGGCUCCAUCACCUCUUCAAAGCGGUGCCUCGAAGUUAGCUUCUUGGAUCGGCUUUAGCUUGCUGGCAUUGAUCUUAGCAUUCUAG